UGUUCUUGCUAGCCUAGCAGGCUAGCUAAUUCUGUAUGCGACUUGAAAACAUGAGCGCUCUGAGUCACAGCCUUCAGUGACAGCGCUCCUUUUGGAGUCUGCUUUAAUUUUUUUUAAAGGGGGAAUCACUUGAAGACAUCUUAUCAAUCUGCCUGGUCCGCCUUCGACAUGGAGUCAAUGCUGAACAAGCUGAAGAGCACAGUGACCAAAGUGACGGCCGACGUCACCAGCGCCGUCAUGGGCAACCCCGUGACGCGGGAGUUUGAGGUGGGCCGACACAUCGCCAGCGGCGGUCCCGGCAUGUGCUGGAGGAUCUACAAUGGCACCAAGAAGUCCACCAAACAGGAAGUGGCCGUGUUUGUGUUUGACAAGAAGAUGAUCGACAAGUACCAGAAAUUUGACAAGGACCAAAUUAUCGACUCCCUGAAGCGAGGGGUACAACAGCUGACGAGGCUGCGGCACCCCCGCCUCCUGACGGUGCAGCAUCCUCUGGAAGAGUCAAGAGACUGCCUGGCCUUCUGCACAGAGCCCGUCUUUGCCAGUCUGUCCAACGUGCUUGGCCAGUGGGACAACCUGCCCAGCCCGGUGCCCAAUGACAUCAAGGAGUACAAGCUGUAUGACGUGGAGACAAAGUACGGCCUGCUACAGAUCUCAGAGGGGUUGUCCUUCCUGCACAGCGGAGUCAAAAUGGUCCACGGCAACUUGUGCCCAGAGAACGUUAUCCUCAAUAAGAGCGGGUCGUGGAAGAUUAUGGGUUUUGAUUUCAGCAUUUCAACAAGCAACCCGUCCGAUGCUGAGCCCAAGUACUCCUGCAAGGAAUGGGAGCCCAACUUGCCGCCGCUCUGCCUCCCCAACCCCGAGUACCUGGCCCCGGAGUACAUCCUGUCCGUCAGCUGCGACACGGCCUCCGACAUGUACUCGCUGGGCGUGGUCAUGCACGCCGUCUUCAGUGAGGGCAAGCCUGUUUUCCAAGUCAACAAGCACGACAUUUUUAAGAGCUUCAGCCGGCAGCUCGACCAGCUCAGCAACAUCAGUCCGGCGCUGCUGAAUAAGAUACCGGAGGAGGUGCGAGACCAUGUCAAAAUGCUGCUCAGCGUCACGCCCAACGUCCGACCAGAUGCCGACCAGAUGACCAAGAUCCCGUUUUUUGACGACGUUGGCGCAGUAACCCUCCAGUACUUUGACUCGCUCUUCCAGAGGGAUAACUUGCAAAAGUCCCAAUUCUACAAAGGCCUCCCCAAAGUCCUGCCCAAACUCCCCAAGAGAGUGGUGGUCUACCGCAUCCUGCCGUCGCUCACCUCUGAAUUUGUCAAUCCGGACAUGGUGCCCUUCGUGCUGCCCAACGUGCUGCUCAUUGCCGAGGAGUGCACCAAGGAGGAGUACGUGCGCCUCAUCUUGCCCGACCUCACACCCGUCUUCAAGCAGCAGGAGCCCAUCCAGGCUAGUAACAUGAUCCUGCUCAUCUUCCUGCAAAAAAUGGAUCUCCUCUUGACCAAAACACCGGCGGAGGACAUCAAGAACAGCGUGCUGCCGAUGGUUUACAGAGCCCUGGAAGCGCCCUCUGUGCAGAUCCAGGAGCUGUGCCUCAACAUCAUCCCAACAUUUGCCAACCUGAUCGACUAUCCCUCCAUGAAGAACUCCCUCAUCCCUCGAAUCAAAUCAGCCUGCCUGCAAACCUCCUCGCUCGCCGUGCGUGUGAACUCGCUGGUGUGUCUGGGAAAGAUCUUGGAGUACCUGGACAAGUGGUUUGUCAUUGACGAGAUCCUGCCCUUCCUGCAGCAGAUCCCCUCCAGAGAGCCAGCAGUACUCAUGGGGAUCCUAGGAAUCUAUAAGUGCACCUUCAGUCACAAGAAGCUGGGCAUCCCCAAGGAGAAUCUGGCCAGCAAGAGCCUGCCGCACCUCGUGUCGCUCAGCAUCGACAACAACCUCAACCUUAAUCAGUUCAACUCGUUCAUGGUGGUCAUCCGAGAGAUGCUGAGCCGCAUGGAGGCCGAGCACAAGACCAAGCUGGAGCAGCUGCACAUCAUGCAGGAGCAGCAGAGGAGUCUGAACAUCUCCAACACAGGGAAGCAAACAGAGGAGACCAAAAGCCAGCUGUCCUCUGGAAACCAGAUCGAUGACAUCUUUGGCAGCGCAGGGGUCAACGGGAAGGAGAACGGGUCCUCGGCGGCGGCAGCAGCCCCGCAGCCCAAUAGGAUGUCUCUGACGCUAGAGGAGAAGCAGCGACUGGCGAAGGAACAAGAGCAGGCGGCCAAACUGAGGAGUCAGCAGCCGCUGGCGCCGCAGAGCAUCAAACCGCCCGCCGGGACCAACUCGCAGACAAAGGAUCUGACCAGCAGCCUUCUAAACAACAUGGCGUCUCUAAACAGUAUGUCCUUAGCCAACAAGCCUCGGCCAUCUUUGGGGCAGGGUGCCCCCGUCUUCCCCGUGGGCUCCAUGGGCACCCCGGUGUCCAACGGCUUCAACCCCGGCAUGGGCUUCCACACGGCCGGCAUGGGGAUGAGCAUGCGGUCUCCAGGCCCCAACGUCUACGGCGGCAUGGCCACCACCACCAGCACCCCCAACUUUGGUGCCCUUGCACAGAAUCAAACACCCGCCGGGCAGAUGAACAAAGGACCGGACUUGUCAGCGCUGGACAGCCUUUUCACAUCCAACAAGCCCAAAGUCACGCUCAACCAAAUUGUUCCAAAGACGGCACCUGGAAGCCACACCCCUUGGCUCGGCCAGUUUGGUUCGGCCCAGAACGCUCAGAAUGCGAUGCAGGGAGCUUCGGCGGGCAUGGGCGGGUUCGGCAUGCAAGCGAACCCUUUUUUCAGCCCGCAGAACUUCUCUCAGACUCCCGUGAGCAUGAACCAAAGCGGGCUUAAGCACAGCACGUCCGCCAACAAUGACCUGAAAGACUUAUUCGGCUGAAAGGGAACACAAGGCAGACGGGUUCUCGCACAGGUGACACUGAUUGAAUGUGAAGAGUUGAAUUGAAAAAUCCUCUCAAGGGUCUUUUGCUGUGUCUAUUUUGGAUCUCUGUCACAUUCUGCACACUCUCGAUUCCAUUUCUAUUUGACCCCAAGGACAAAUUCUUCUUAUAUGCUGUCUUAUACAAAGCUGUGGGUUUCCUACUCUUUUUCUACUUGAUGAGAUAAAUCCCAAAUGUUACUCUCUGA